AUGGGCAUCGAUCACACCGGCAUCGUCGUCUCCGCGGACAAGCACGCGGCCGCCGUCGAGUUCUACCUCGCCGCCCUGGCCCCGCUCGGCUACGCCAAGGGGCUCGAGUUCCACGACGGCGCCGUCGUGGGCUUCGCCGACACGAAGCUGGGCGGCAUCAACUGGUGGGUUACGAGCCGCGCCGUCAAGCCCGCAGGCGACAACGGCAAGGACAUCGUCCCGAGCCACCACGCCUUCAGCGCCUCUGACCGCGUCUCCGUCGACGCCUUCUACCAGGCCGCCGUCGCUGCCGGUGCCAAGGACAACGGCGCCCCCGGCCCGCGUGCCCACUACGGCCUCACCUACUACGGCGCCUUCGUCAUCGACCCCGCCGGCAACAACAUCGAGGCCGUGUGCCGUCUUGCCCCGCCUGCCUAG